AUGCGAAAGACUUGGACCACUGAGGCAACUCGUUUAUGCAUAUGGCUUGCCCUAGGCGUGCGUGAAUAUGAAAUGAAACAAAUACGAGAAAAUACGAAAGAAAGCAACAAGAAGUGGGAACUAACCUAUAGUAAUUACGGAAAUACCAUUUCAGGCCUCUGGUUUCUUGAGUCGGACAUAUAUGAGUCCGUUGCAGAUUUUAUGAGCGUUUUGGACGAAAAAAUAUCCUUCGACCCUAAUAGAGAAUUCAAUGCCUCCAAAAUUGCAAGCUGUCUUUAUAAAUUUAAUCAUCACUGGCAAGUACUUGUGGUGGUCCCACAAGAACCAGAAAUCGACCUGGGCGACAUCUUACCAGGAGAGUUCAGUGAAUUCGGUUUCUCAGCGGUUCUCGAAGCAACCAUGCGUCUUAUGCCUGGUACCAAGAAUGAUACUCCAUUGUGGUGGGAAAUUAUCCAGAAGAAAUGGGUGUUUAUUUUCCAGAAAUAUUUAAAAAACCAGCUCCGAGUACGGCUCAUUCCAUUCCGCAAUCCUAUUACGAGGAAGAGGUUCCACUUCAUUCGCCUGAUCAAAACCCUAACACUCUCGUUUACAAUUCCAACUUAG